UGUAAUUCGAUUCGAUUGGCGGCAUAACACUCCAAGAGCAGACAUACGUAAAAAGGUUCCUAUAAUGUUAAUCAAAACAAAAACACACUAAAAACUAAAACCAAAACUUAAAACCAAAAUCGAAGCUUCAGUGCAAAACUGGCUAAAGAAGGACGAGUAUCGAGGCUGUAUUCGAUAUUGACUAAACAUAAAUUCUAUUUCGAAGCGGACAAUUUUACAAUUGUAGUUUAUAAAGCCUAAAAACAAGAGAAAACAAGCAGUUUGUAUGCCAUUUUAGUUUGCAAAAUUGUCUGAGGGGCAAAAACAAAUGUAUCUAGAACGACGAGUAUCUUGUAUCUGUGUUGCCUGCGGGAAUGCAAAUCUAUUUUGGUGAACAAUAAAGAGCAAACGAAGACGAGUUGAGUUGCCUUUUCAUUGUUUCGCGACGCUCCCUGGAGAUGCGAGUGCGGGCCACCGAUCCGCGUCCCUGCCCCAAGUGCGGCAAGAUCUACCGCUCCGCCCACACGCUGCGCACCCAUCUGGAGGACAAGCACACCGUGUGUCCCGGCUACCGAUGCGUCCUGUGCGGCACGGUGGCCAAGUCGCGCAACUCCUUGCACUCGCACAUGUCGCGCCAGCACCGCGGCAUCUCCACCAAGGACCUGCCCGUCCUGCCCAUGCCCAGCGCCUUCGAUCCGGACCUGGCCUCGCGCCUCCUGGCCAAGGCGGGCGUGAAGAUCUCCCCGGCGGAGCUGAGGGCCCGUGCCUCGCCCACCGGCGGUAGCGGUGGCAGCAGCGGCGGUGGCGCCGGCGGCGGCGGAGUAGGAAGUGGCCAGGCCAAGUUGGACCUGAGCAACGCCAGCGGCGGACCACUGGACGAUGCCGAGGACUCCGACGAGGAUCCCGAGGAUCUGACCACGGGCAACGGCCUCUAUGGCAUGGGCGGCAGCAGCAGCGACCUGAGCCGCUACCACGAGAGCCUGCUGAGCAACUUCGGGCACGCCCGGAUGCGGAACGAGGCGGCCGCCGCGGCGGCCACCGCUGCCGCCCUGGGCCAGCCCAAGGAUCUGGGCGUGCAGAUGCCCAACAGCAAUGCCGCCGGCCAGUCCCUCCUGGACACCUAUCUGCAGUUCAUCACGGAGAACACAUUCGGAAUGGGAAUGUCCCAGGAACAGGCAGCUGCAGCCGCACUGCGCGCCAAGAUGGCCCAACUGAAUGCGAUGGGUCACAGUCUGGACAGUUUGCCGCCGGGACUGAUGCCCGGCCAGUUCGAUCUGAGCAAGCUGGCCGCCGGCAAUCCCGCCUUUGGACAGAGCGGACCCGGCCUGACCAUUGAGCCCAUACUGCGGCACGAUCAGGCGUCGGGCAGCCUCUCGCCAAACGCCCACCGACCGCUGGCCCUCAACUCGGGCGGCCGGAUGCUGGGCCACGAGGAGUUAGCGGACCACGAGGGCGACUUGAGGCGGGACGGAUCGGAGCCCAUGGACCUGGGCCUGGACAUCAACCAGUCGGGCAGCAACCAUGAGGUGGCCAACUCCGAUGCCGAGGAGAACUACUCGGAGGACGAGGGAGUGCACAACACAUAGGAGCAGCCAGAGAUUCCAGCAAAGGAUCAGCACGAAUAUAAACGUGAACAGAUGUAUACCGAUUACCCAUGGAACAUAUGUAACGAGUAGCCUUAUCCUCAUGUAUACCAGUUUAUGUGUACGAUACGAUACAAUACGAUAGUGAAACCUAGGACUAAAAUCAUAUUUGUGCCGCUGCCAGAGCUGGCCUAGUAGAAAUCGAUGUUGUGCUUUUUAAACCUACCUAUACCUACUACCUAUACGGAUAUAUAGAUAUAUAUAUAUAUAUAUAUACCCCUUUACACAUAUAUAUUUACAUACACAAGUACCUGCUGUGUAUACAAGUCGAUGAAGAUGAAUGACAAACCCAUCCCGCAUGAACAAACCUAAAGUGUAAUAAUGGUAGUCUAGAGUCGUAAGAUAGAUUUCACAUUGAAAGAAGAAGCCUGUAAAUACAUGAAAAUAUUCACGUUAGACCAGAAGAGCAGAGCAGCCAGCCCCCAAACGAUCCGUCGCAUUUAACACUUACGUAUGUUAGUAUUGUACCAGACGCCAGCAGUUAAUUCAGAUGUGCCAUGCAUGCCACAGCCUUCCAGUUCCAAGUGUCGGCCAGUCGGUCCCUUGGUGGCUCACAGUGCUUACCAUAUCUCAGGAACGGGCCGAACAACUCAACCGAACUACCUCAGCCAGCGAUAGAGUUGAGCCCCCCAAAACGAACUUCAAACUUCCAUGAGUUGUGAAUGAUCCUGUACGCUGUACACUGUACUCUCCGUCUCCAGGAAUCUUGCCAAUUGUCAACAGCAGAGAUCUGCCCGUAGUUUUAGAAGCCCCAACCCCAAAUGGGGGAUCAGCAUACAAGAAAUUGAUUAUUUAUACAACCAACACACAUACACACACAUACGGUAUACAGUGCACACUCGGUAUACGUAUAUAGACCUAAAGAUAAAACAUAUGAAUGCCUGUACUUAUUUGUCAGAGAAUUGAAUACCUCAGCAUACUCAGCAUUCGGUCGCUAGCACUCGAAGGUGGACCCUCUAAUGAUGUCCAGUGCGAAUCACAUAAUUAAAUGUAAUUUAGGCUAGUUAGUUUAUGCGGCAGCACUGCAAGCAAGACAUAGAUAGAUGUAACAACUACGCGUUUCCUGUAUGUAUUUAGUUUAGUUCGAAUAUGCCUCAGUUAUCCUAGGUUUAUGGUUAGCUUCAAUCGGAGAUGAGCACAGAUGACUCUACAAGAGUCGCUACCACUUGCCUUAUGACCAACAUAUGUGUUACUUUAGUAAUUUUCUACCUCAAUUAAUUUAAAUGUAAUUUACUUGGAUAUUUAUUUGUAAGUCCUUGACCGAACCCACAAUUUAUUUCGAGUGUUUUGACUACCCAUAUUAAGAGAUUUGAUUCAGUCAUUUACAUAGCUUAGCAAGAUAUUGGAUGUGAAUAAAGAAACUAUGUGAAUAAAGAAAACAUGGCGAGUAUCUUUAGGUUUUUAUUUACCCCGUUUAGUUUGUACCUUCGGUUUUAGACACUUUUCCCUCCUCUCACUCUUGCCCAGAUUUUGGAGCAGGGGGAGUGCAAUAGAUUGCAUUUUUCUAGGCUUGAAAUGCAUUUAAGGCUAAUGCAAUUCGGUUAAGUCGUUAGUUUAAAAUAUAUUAGUUAAAAGUCGUUACAUAAGCAAUAUAAGUAGACAUCCAUGUGCUUAGAAAGUUAUAUAAAUAUUUAUUGACAUUACAAUAAAGCCGCGUUAUGAAGACAA